AUGCGGGCCUCGCUGCAUUUUGCAGCGAGCCUCAGCCUGUCCGCAUCUCAGGAGCCGAACCGGCAGGACAGCAGCAGUGACCAUGGGGGAGCCAGCGACACACCCGGCGCCAAGCCAGCCUUCUGUGGUCAAUCGCUGUGUGUGAAGUUUGUCAUCCUGGCCUCUCAGAUCCGGGUGGGCUGGGGGCAGCAGCGUGGAAAACUCAAAAGAAGCAUGAUACCCCCAAAUUUGCAGAAGAAACCAUUUGUCCGGGCCCCCAAGACCAAGCGCAGAGCUGCUGUACCCCUUGCCUCCCCCGUGCGACUGACCAGCUGCAUCUUCCCGAGGCCGGUCACUCUCAUCACCACCCACCCCGGCAAUAAGGUCAGGUAUGGGCCACGCGAGGCCACGCUGGAGAAGCCGCAGCAGCUCUGCGCAAGCUGGAGACUGGAGGCAGUCAAGAACCAAGGCACCAAAGAAGAACGUUUAAGCCGACUGGAUUUUGAAAACACCUAUAAAAGGCUGACUCAAGGAAGUCCAGGCAGAUCCCAGGGCCAGUCUGGAGUUGAGAGCUUGCAGCCCACCCCCGGCCUGUCUCCGUUUUGGAAAGAGAUGAUCCCGGAAGCUUUGCAUCUUUUACCUCCUUCUUCCAGCCAGCAGGUCACCGCUGCAGACAUCCAGAGACAGACUCGGAGAGUGAAGAAAGCCAGGGAGAGAUUAGCCAUGGCCUUGCAGGCAGACAGGCUGGCCAGGGAGGCAGAGGCCAGUAGCCAGGAGGAAAGAGCUGAAAACCAGACGGAAGCGGGAGCAGGGACUGCUGGGGAAUCCCAGGCGUGA